AUGGAUGUCGCUACUCUCAGGGACCGUAUAAAGUCGACCCUUGACAGCAAUGGAGAUACCAGGAGACAGGCUGAGUUGGACUUGAAAUAUGCAGAGAACCAGCCGGGCUUCCCGAACGCCCUUAUUGAUAUUCUCGAAGCCGAGCAGGAUCCGGCAGUUCGACUCUCGACGGUUGUAUAUCUGAAGAAUAGGAUCACUCGAGGAUGGGCGCCGGAGGAAGAACACUCGAUAUACAAGUCGAUACCUGAGGACGAGAGACCAUCAUUGCGCAACCGACUUAUUCCCGUUCUCGCUUCGUCGCCUCCUAAUAUCCGGGUUCAGUUGAUCCCCAUACUCUCCAAAAUUCUACAAUUCGAUUUCCCUGAAAAAUGGCCGGAUUAUAUCGACAUAAUGCUUCAGCUGUUGAAUGGAAACGAUGCCAACUCUGUUUUUGCUGGUCUGCAGUGUCUCCUGGCGAUAUGUAGGGUUUAUCGAUUCAAGGGCGGUGAGAUGCGAGGCGAUUUUGAUAAGAUUGUUGAAAUCUCGUUUCCUCAGCUGUUGAAUAUUGGAACUCGUCUCAUUGAUGAGGAGAGUGUUGAGGCCGGAGAGAUGCUAAGAACUGUCAUCAAGGCCUUCAAAAAUGCUAUAUAUGGCCGUUCUUGGCUAACAACGUCGAAGUUUGAACUUCCCAUCGCCCUUACUACUCAGCAGGCAACGGUCGGUUGGUGUACCUUGUUCUUAAGAGUAAUAGGAAAGGUGCCCCCAGCAAAUUCUAUGCAAGACGAUACAGAUGAACGAGAACAGUCCCACUGGUGGAAGUGCAAGAAGUGGUCGUACGCCAAUCUGAACCGCCUGUUCAUUCGCUAUGGUAACCCUUCUGCAAUUUCAAAAUCAAGUGGCCCGGAGUACAUUGAAUUUGCAAAGACCUUUAUCACCACUUUUGCUCCCGAGAUCUUGAAUGGAUAUCUUCAGGAAAUAGACAAAUGGGUCUCCAAGGGCCAAUGGUUGAGCAGACCCUCCCUGUCCUAUACCCUUAUCUACCUCCAGGAAUGUAUCAAGCCAAAGGUCACCUGGGAGAUCCUCAAGCCUCAUAUGGAUAACCUCCUAGCUCACUUCAUUUUCCCUAUCUUAUGUUUAUCAGACGAGGAUAUCGAAAUGUUUGAGACUGAUCCAUCGGAGUAUUUGCAUCGAAAGCUGAACGUCUACGAGGAGGCCACUGUUCCAGGAGUCGCCGCUACAAACUUCCUGGUAUCCUUGACAAAGACAAGGAAGAAGCAAACGUUUUCUAUCCUUACCUUCGUGAAUGGAAUCGUCAGCAAGUAUGAAGCUGCGCCCGAUGGGCAGAAGCUCCCGAGAGAAAAGGAGGGUGCUCUUCGGAUGAUCGGAACCCUUUCCUCUGUUAUACUGGGGAAAAAGAGCCCCAUCGCAGAUCAAGUGGAGUACUUCUUUGUCCGCCAUGUUUUUCCCGAAUUCCGUAGUCCACACGGAUAUCUACGAGCACGAGCCUGUGAUGUCUUGGAGAAGUUCGAGCAGCUGGACUUCAAGGAUCCUAACAACCUCAUGACAAUUUACCGCAACAUUCUCGACUGUCUUGCUGAUCCUGAUCUGCCUGUAAGAGUGGAGGCCGCCCUUUCUCUUCAACCAUUGAUCCGUCAUAGCAUCAUCCGCUCUUCGAUGCGAACAAAUAUUCCUCAAAUUAUGCAACAGCUCCUAAAACUCGCAAAUGAAGUCGAUGUCGAUGCUCUUACAAAUGUCAUGGAAGAUUUUGUUGAGGUCUUUUCCGCCGAACUUACGCCUUUCGCCGUCGCCUUGUGCGAGCAGCUUAGGGACACCUAUAUGCGUAUUGUCCAAGGUCUCCUUGAGAGAAAGUCAAGUAAGCCUGAGGACGAUAUGUACGGUGAUCUGCUGGAUGACAAGAGUAUUACGGCAAUCGGUGUGUUGCAGACUAUUGGUACUUUGAUACUCACCCUUGAGAGCACCCCGGAUGUUCUUUUGCACCUUGAAAGCGUUCUCAUGCCUGUGAUUACAAUCACAUUGGAGAACAAGCUCUUCGAUCUUUACAACGAGAUCUUUGAGAUCAUCGACUCCUGCACGUUUACUGCCAAGUCCAUCUCUCCCAGCAUGUGGCAGGCAUUUGUGCUUAUACACAAGACUUUCAAGGCUGGUGCGGAGCUUUACCUCGAAGAUAUGCUACCUGCCCUGGACAACUUCGUGACCUAUGGUGCCGCCACCUUGGCUCAGAACCCAGAAUAUCUCGCGGCUGUCGUUAGUAUGGUAGAGGACAUUUUCCGAGAUGAAAAGAGCGGUGGUGUAGAUAGAAUUUGCGGCUGUAAGCUUGCAGAGACUAUCAUGCUAAAUCUCCGCGGUCAUGCAGACCAAUAUAUUCCUGUCUUCAUCAGCCUGGCCAUGCAGGGUUUGAGCAAUGAAGAAACCCAAACCAAGUCAUACCUGAUUCACCUUAUGGAGAUGGUCAUCAACGCCAUCUACUAUAACCCCGGCCUCUCACUCCAGGUUCUAGAAGGCGGCCAGUGGACGAACAAGUUUUUCAGCACCUGGUUCUCCAACAUUGACAACUUCAAGCGUGUUCAUGACAAGAAGCUGUCAAUUGUGGCCAUUUCUGCACUUUUGACUCUUAGAGCCGAAGAUGUUCCAGCUAGCAUCCAGCCAGGAUGGCCACGUCUUCUCCAGGGUGUUACUCGUCUCUUCCAGACUUUGCCAAAUGCAAUUAAGUUGCGAGACGAAGCAGCCAAAGAUGCAGAUCUCCCGUAUGAAGAUGAUGAUGGAGACAAUGAUUGGAGUGGUCGGGAUGUGGAAUGGUCUGAACAAGAUGCAUCUGAAGGUCCGGAAAUUGACGUGACUGAUGAAAGCUCUGCCUACAUUGAAUUCCUGCACCAAGAGGGUAUGUAUUCCACCAUGUGCUUGAAUACUAACAAUCCGAUGCAGGCCCUGAAAAUCGGCCAAGUUCCUGACGAUGAGGAGGAGGACGAUCUAUAUGAAGCUAGCUUGCCGGAGUCACCGUUUGACAAGGUUGAACCAUAUGGCUUAUUCAAGGAUGUGUUAAUGAACCUUCAACAAGAACAACCACACUUAUACGAGAACUUGACCAAAAUUUUGAACCCCGAGGAACAGCAAAUAAUCCAAGGUGUGAUCAACGAAGCUACCAAAAUAGCAAUGACAGCCGAGAAAGCAGAUAAGGCAAACGGUGAAUUCACUCUCUUCAGCCAACCAACGAGAAAAUUGAAAUAUAACCAACCAAACACAAAAAUAAAAAAAAAUGAUAAGACUGUUUUUACUUUAUUCGGCCCUUUUUUCCCAUUCGUUCCCAUUUUAGAUUUGGGGUGGUUUACCAUUGCUUGUUGUCCGUUUGCUACUCCUUUUUUUUUUUUAUAUCCCAGGACUAAAUGUCCAGUUAGCUUUUUUCUCCUUGUCAGUGCACUCAAAUAUGAUGACAUAUUUAUCUGCUUCUUUUACGUAGAUCUUUGCAAGCAUAUCCUACAAGGAGGAAGAUGUAUGUAUCCUGGUGCUACUGGGCUCGUAUCCAUGGAAAAGAAAGAGAGAGAACAAUCAACCAUACAUAUAUCUGAUAUCAACCUGAUAUAUUACAUCGACAUAAAUACUUGCCACGCCAAAUAUCGAGCUCUCAAACAAACCAGAAGCAAAGCAAACCAAAACAUGUCCGCUCCAAAGUCAGGCCGUCAGUCUCCUCCUCCAUCGAGACAGGGCGGAAGCCAGCAAGGCGAUAUCCCAACAUGGUCUGGCAAAGCAGAGCAACCAAGCCAUGGAACGUCUUCGAUCGAUAACCCGUCCGAUCCACACGGCAAAGAUCCAGGUGUGACAGGGCUGGAGAGCAACCCGGUGCAUCCUCUCGCAGAGACAUCGCAGUUGAAGCACAGGAGACUGAGCGAAGAUUUUCACGGGCUGGGAUCUUCGGGCUAUUAA